AUGGCCCCUCCAACUGCCUCACAUCGCCCGCGCAAGAAGAGAAACACCCCGACAGCACCUGGUUCCAACAAUGGGUUGAUUUUGGAGCUGAAUGAUGGCAUUCAAUCGCCGGCCUUUCCUCUGGUCUCUUUUCUUUGGGCUGCGCGCGCAGGUGUCUCGCAAUGGCUGAUACUUCCUCUCACACUCAUGGCAGUCGGCCUCUUCAGAUGGGCCGUCAGUCUAUGGGGCUACUCUGGCUUUCAAGUUCCCCCAAUGCAUGGCGAUUUUGAAGCGCAACGGCAUUGGAUGGAACUCACCACCCAUCUCCCCAUCUCAAAGUGGUAUCUCUACGAUUUGCAGUACUGGGGUCUCGACUAUCCUCCAUUGACCGCAUACCAUAGUUGGCUGCUAGGCAAGAUCGGCUCGGUUUUUAACCCGGAAUGGUUCGCAUUGGACCAAUCGCGCGGCUUUGAGCAUCCUGAUCUGAAGGUUUACAUGAGGGCAACCGUCAUCGUCUCCGAAUACCUCAUUUACGUCCCUGCGGUCGUCAACUUCCUGCGUCGCUAUACUAGGAUGCAUGGUGUGCAUGCGUGGUCCGCUUCAAUCGCCCUGUUGGCCAUUCUCCUCCAACCAGCCACUAUCCUCAUUGACCACGGUCACUUCCAGUACAAUACUGUUAUGCUUGGACUGUUUGUCGCUAGCCUAGAUGCCAUCUUAGCAGGGCGCAUGCUCUGGGCUUGCAUCUUUUUUGUUGGCGCGUUAGGGUUCAAGCAGAUGGCGCUCUAUUAUGCCCCGGUCAUGUUCGCCUAUCUCCUAGGUGUCUGCAUUUUCCCCCGAAUUCAUAUAAUCAGGCUCGUCAAUAUUUCACUCAUCACGAUCGCCGCAUUUGCUCUGCUUUUUGCUCCGCUCAUAGUUGGUGCGAUGUCCUCCGAGGCUCGAGAUGUAUUCGCAUCGUCGCCGAAGCCCCCUCUGUUGCAAUCGCUUCCAGUUUCUAUUGACAAAAACUCUAUACUUUAUGCAGUACUCUUCCAAUUGGCGCAAACCGUUCAUCGCAUAUUCCCAUUUGCGCGCGGCCUCUUCGAGGAUAAAGUUGCUAACGCUUGGUGCGCGAUCCACACUUUUUACAAACUCAACGGCUUUGAUACGUCGGUGCUUCAGCGUGCAUCGCUCGCUGCCACAUUGUUAUCAAUUGUCACCCCCUGCGCGGUUAUCUUCCGUCACCCUCGAGCCUCACUUCUCCUUUCCGCCCUAUCCUGUGCGUCUUGGGGAUUUUUCCUGUUCUCUUUCCAAGUUCACGAGAAGAGUGUGCUCCUCCCCCUUCUACCAAUGACUCUCUCACUUGCUGCGGACGGCGGGCUCAGCAAACAGAACCGCGCAUGGGUUGGCUUCGCGAACUUGCUUGGCUCAUGGACUAUGUUUCCACUACUGAAGCGCGAAGAGCUUCGUGUACCCUAUUUUGUCAUAACUCUUCUUUGGGCCUAUCUCCUCGGUCUUCCUCCCACUGCUAUCGAGACAUACCGGAGUCGCACGUCUCUAGAAUUUCCCUCAUUUAAAUUCGAGCCCCAUCUGCUAUCUAAACUCAUACAUUUCUCAUUUUAUGCCGGCAUGAUUGCCUGGCAUGUUUUGGAGGCAUAUGUGGUUCCACCUGCUGGUAAGCCUGAUCUUUGGAUCGUUUUGAAUGCACUUAUAGGGGCUGGUGGAUUUGGAAUUACCUACCUUUGGUGCUUGUGGAAGCUAAUCACAUUGUCCCGUGAAAUCGACCACGAAGAAAUUCGGAGAAAGCAGCAGUGA